AUGCCCUUCAUAGCGUCAUAUUUCAUGCACGUCAUAUUUCCCCAGCUUGCCUGGUCGGACUUUGAGGGUCCAGACGGGGAGGUGUGGUCCACGUAUUCAGAUUUUGGGGGUGAGAACAAGUACGGCAUCAUCCUGGCCGCUGAUCAAGUGGGAAGCUACACCAUGACGCCAUGCAUGGCAGGAUACCAAGGGUUUCCCAACUCGAUGGUGUUCCCUGCCAAUGAUCCCAACAAGAUCCAACCUCUGACGGAUCCCCAACCUCUGACUAUGAGUGGCUGCACCACUGUUGACUUCUGUCUCUUCUAUGUAUCGCCGGUACUCAAGGUCAAUGGCAAACAAGUGCUAAUCCAGGGUGAGCUGGACAAAUGGGUGCCGAUGUCGCCGCAGAGAGUGACGGACAUCAACGUUGCAGACGACAUCACCCUCAGUCUCACCGGAGCUGCCUACGAAACUGUCAAGUUCUGGUUCAACGUGGACGGUGUAUCCUCACCUUUGACCUGUACUCUCGGACCAGGCGGUCAAGCUGUCCUUAGCUUCACAGCUGGAGCAUGUCGUGGAAUAUAA